UUCUCAUCUCCUAAAAGGAGGAAGCUCAGGGAGAUGGGAAGAAAAAUAUGGUGGUUGUUUAUGAACAACAAUAUAACAAACAUCAAAACUUUUACACGGUACCAAGUUAAAGAAGAUGAAGCUGCAAUUAUCUUCCCCAAAGAUCCUAUAUGGUUCAAGCCAUGGAUGGUUCCCAUGAUGAUGCUUUUUGUUUUCUUUAUCUUUGCUGUUAUAGGAAUCUGUCGACGAUGUCUAAGUUGUCGUCGUGGAGAAAAUUCCCCCAGCAUUCAUCCUAUCUCCCAUACAACCUAA